AUUUCCUUGCUUGGAUCUCAUCUGCCGCCGACGAAUACAGAAUGUAAUUUAUCGCUAUCCUGUAUCACAUCAGGCCGCUCCAGUUGUAGCGCAGUUUCACAUUCAGUAGUAAUUUUCACGACCACAUAUAGUUUCGCAAUCAUUUUUGUGGCACACACGACAUCUUGCUGUGUCCGCCAAGUUUAUUCACGAACGCGACCAUUUCUACACAAUUACAAAAACCCUUUUUGUAAUCACUUCCUACCGAAACACACUUUUUUAUCCAUCUUCCAUCAGAAGUGCCGAUUCACAAUCACGCCCACCAUGGCGAAGAACAAGCCGGCCGCCGCGGGGCACGAGUUGUCCAUUUUGAAGGACAAGGAAACGGACUUCGCGGAAUGGUACCCAGAAGUCAUCAAAAAGGGUGAACUAAUCGAGUACUACGAAAUUUCUGGGUGCUACAUCCUCCGCCCCUACGCGUUUUUCAUGUGGGAACAGAUCCAAGCCUUCAUCGAUUCGCACAUCAAGAAGCUCGGCGUGCAAAACUCGUAAGAAAUUUUAGCAAUUUGUUUAUCCUUUUGUAGUUGCUUUUGAAGUUGCAUACCUAGUGGAUUUGUAGUCAUUGCAGUCUUGGGUUUGAUGAAAUCGAAAUGUGUUGAAGAAACUGAUGUUGAGUUUCAGCUAUAAAGUUCUCCGAAUCUCCACCCCACACAGGUACUUCCCUCUCUUCGUUUCAAAAGAUGCGCUGGAGAAGGAAAAGGACCACGUUGAGGGUUUCGCGCCGGAGGUCGCCUGGGUCACGCACGCUGGGGAGUCGCCGUUGCCAAAGCCAAUCGCAAUCCGCCCAACGUCUGAGACUAUCAUGUACCCGGCCUACGCAAAAUGGGUAAGUACCAGUUGCUUUCUUGUUGGUUAGUUUCUGAUGCGCAGUUUAAACAAGACGCGUUGACGAGCUCAACGUACCAAAGAAACCGCAUUCAAUUCUGCACCACCUACAUCGUAUGCAAAAAUGAAAAACAGAUCCGAUCGCACCGCGACUUGCCGUUGAAGCUGAACCAGUGGACGUCCGUCGUCCGAUGGGAAUUCAAGUACCCCACCCCUUUUAUCCGCACCCGUGAGUUUCUGUGGCAGGAAGGACACACCGCACACGCCAGCAUGGAGGACGCGGAGAAGAUGGUAUGAUCGUGUUUGAGCACAGGGCCUUAGACUUGAUGCAAUCGUUUCCAAGGGCAUGAUUGUGUUUUUAAAGGUACAAAGAAACCUAUGCUUCAAAAUAUUCCAUAAAUGAAACUCCAGGUCCUCGAUAUUCUCGACCUGUACGAGAAAACCUACGAGGAAGUCCUGGCCGUCCCAGUCGUCAAGGGUGUGAAGUCCGAAAAGGAAAAGUUCGCCGGAGGUUACAUGACCACCACGGUCGAAGCCUUCAUCCCGACCAACGGACGCGCGGUGCAGGGUGCCACGUCACACCACUUGGGCGAGAACUUUUCCAAAAUGUUCCACAUUCAGUUCGAGGACGAAAAGGGCAAGAAGCAGUACGCGGCCCAAACCUCCUGGGGGUUCACCACGCGCAGUAUCGGGACGAUGGUACUAGAGGACUGAUGUUUUUCUUUGGUGUAUACAGGUUUUUAGGGCAGGAGGUUCAUGAACAUUUCUGGACUUGUGCCUUCGUGGAGUGUAACCCUAAUAUCGUGAUGAAAAAACGCCAACUACCUUACAGAUCAUGGUCCACGGCGACAACACGGGUUUGGUCCUGCCCCCGAAGGUCGCCCAGAAGCAGGUCGUGUUCGUGCCCAUCCCGGGUAAGAAGCUCCCGUGGGAGCAGCUCGGCGAGAAGUGCCACGAUUUGGCAAAGCCGCUCGAGCAGCUAGGCGUCCGGGUGCACGUGGAUGACAGGAAAAAUUACAACCCUGGUUACAAAUACAACCACUGGGAAAUGAAGGGCGUGCCAAUCCGCUUGGAAGUGGGCGAGCGGGAUCUCGAGCAGAACGUCGUCACGGUCGUGACAAGGUACAACAAGUACGACGCGGACUUCAAGAAAUUUACCAUUCCCUUCGACGAGCUGGAAAAGCGAAUCCCGAAAUUGCUGGAGGAGAUCCACGCCGGUAUGUUGAAGAAAGCGACGGUGAAAAGGAACGAAAUGAUCAUGGUGAUCAAAACUUGGGAAGAGGUACUUGGGUUUGAUGGUUGUAGUUUUUGUGCUACUGAAAAAUCCGAAAUUAGAAACUGUAUGAUUCCAUCGCUAUAGGCGGAAAGUAUCGCCAAAAAUUAUCUUCUUCGACUACACCAAUACUAUCUACAGAUGAAAGCCAACCUCGACAAGAAGACUCUCUUCCUGUGCCCCUGGUGCGAGACGAUUGAGUCUGAAGAGGAAAUCAAGGACCUCACCAAGCAGAUUUCCGAGCAGAACGAAAAGAAGGUCGCGGAAAACAACCUCGACGAGAACGGUGAGGAAUUCGCGCCGGCGUUGUCGGGUGCCAUCAAGACGCUCUGCAUCCCGCUGAUUCAGCCGGAGAUGCCGGUCGGCCAGAAGUGCUUCUUCAAGAAGGAUCAGCCCGCGAAGAGGUGGGUGCUCAUGGGACGCAGCUACUAGACGGCGUCGCAGGACGCGUCGCCCGGAUUUGCCGACUUGAGUGUUGAAGCGGAGUAGCGACGAAAGGUUGCCACUGCAACUUAGUUGAGCACACACACAACCUGAAGUUCAUCAUCACGUAUACGCAGAUACCACAUCGGAACCACACGUAUACGCAGAUACAACGCAUCCAAACGCCAUGAGAAUCGCAUAAAAUGAAGAAGUAUCGCAGGCAUGGACAAAAGUGGGUGAUUGUGGUUGAAAAUUUAGCUUGCGG